GUGCGCUUCAAGGUGCUGGUUAUCACCUUUAAAGCGCUCCAUGGCAUAGGGCCUAGCUAUCUUCGAGACCGCCUGCUGCUACCGACGACCUCCCAUUGACCUGUGCGCUCACACAGAGAGGGCCUCCUCGGGGUGCCAUCAGCCAAACAGUGCAGGCUGGUGACCCCCAGGGGGAGGGCCUUCUCUGUGGGGGCACCUACCCUCUGGAAUCAGCUGCCCCCAGAGAUAAGGAGAAUCCAAGACCUCAGUGCCUUCCAUCGUGCCCUUAAAACCCAUUUUUUCAAGCAAGCCGGGCUGGCUUAAGAAGAAAUUUUUAAAUGUUUUAAUUGGUAGUGAGUUUUAAUAGGGCCAAAUUUAUAUAUCUUUUAAGUGUUUUUUAAUAUUUGUACUGCAUGUUUUUUAAUUCUGGCUGUACACAGUCCUGAGUCCUCAGGGAGAAGGGCGGUAUAGAAAUUCAAUAAUAAAUAAAUAAUAAAUAAAUAAAUAAAGUUCAGAUGCACGCUGGAGAUGGCCUCGGCUUGCCUCCGUACCCUGGAGCUGUGUGACCUCGCUUGGUCCUCCUUUUCCUUGCAGGGCCCGCUGACCGCUCCAAGCUGCAGAGCCAUGGAGAUGCAGUCGUACUACGCCAAACUCCUGAGCGAGCUGAACGAGCAGCGGAAGCGGGACUUCUUUUGUGACUGCAGCAUCAUAGUGGAAGGAAGGAUUUUCAAGGCCCACAAGAAUAUUCUCUUUGCCAACAGCGGCUACUUCCGAGCUUUGUUGAUCCACUACAUUCAGGACAGUGGCCGGCAUAGCACAGCUUCCCUGGACAUUGUGACCUCGGAGGCCUUCUCCAUUAUCCUGGACUUCCUUUAUUCAGGUAAGCUGGAUCUUUGUGGGGAAAAUGUGAUUGAGGUCAUGUCUGCCGCCAGCUACUUGCAGAUGACUGAUGUGGUCAACUUCUGCAAGACGUACAUCCGGUCAUCGUUGGACAUCUGCAGGAAGAUCGAGCGAGAAGCUGCCUUCUACCAGGCGGACAGUGGGAGCUCCACCAGCUCUGCCUGCCAAGGCCCAUCCUGCAGUGCCAAGUCCCAAUGCUCAGCCUCCGCUUCCUCUCUGCAGGACAAGGAUGGCGUCCCGGACUGCCCACAAGGGCCUCCCCCCUGCGGGGACUGCAGCAGCUGCCAUCAUCAUAUGGACCUCUUGGCCAGGGAUCCUGCUGGCCGUGAGUCUCCGGAUGACACCAGCUCCUCGGCACCCAAGGUGAUCGAGCCAAAGGUCGAGUUUGAUGUGGACGAGGUGGAAGUUGGGGAACGGCUACAGCAGUACCCCACUCCCUUGAUGAUCGAGCAGAUUGAAGAGGGGCUUCAUGGGGGGCAGGCCAUGGAUCUGGCAUGCAGCAGCUACCACAUGAAGCAGGUUCUCGAAGCCUUGCUGCGCAACAGCGCCUCCCAAAGGAAAGAUGAGAUGGUCCACCCUUUUGUGCGUGGCUUUGAGGGCCGGCCAGAAGAUGCCAGCUUGCCCAUGAGCUCCAUGAUGGACCUUCACAGUGACUGGUAUGGAGAGGACACAGGUGAUGUCCUUGUGGUGCCCAUCAAGCUGCACAAGUGCCCAUUUUGCCCCUACACAGCAAAGCAGAAGGGCAUCCUGAAGCGCCACAUCCGCUCCCACACCGGAGAGAGGCCCUACCCCUGCGAAGUCUGCGGCAAGCGCUUCACGCGCCAGGAGCACCUCCGGAGCCACGCCUUGAGUGUCCAUCGGUCCAACAAGCCCAUCAUCUGCAAAGGCUGCCGGCGGACGUUCACCAGCAGCCUGACUCAAGGCUUGCGUCGCUUUGGCUUGUGUGACAGUUGCACGUGUGUCACCACCACACAUGAGGAUUCGGUGCCCAUCAACCUCAGCCUCAUGGAGCCUUCCUCCGAAGGGCCGGAAAAGAGUGACCCAGACAACGACUGGCCCAUCUACGUUGAAUCGGGGGAUGAAAACGAUCCGCCUGAGGAUGAGGAGGCCGAUCCCCACCAUAAGCAGGGCCUCCAUGAAGAAGCACUGAUGUAGCAGUGGGGCGGGGGGAUGGGGGGAGG